ACCUGCGCUAAGGGACAGCAUGGCCGCUGCUCUCAUCGUGCUGCUGGCCCUGGGGGCCGCCGUGCAGGUGGCAGUGACUGAGCCGCCCCGUGAUGACCACCGGGACCUGGAUGCCGGGAGCCACUGGGAGCAGCAAUGGCACCUGCUGCAGGAUGGUUCAGCUGCGUGGGAUGCAGAUGAAGGGGACGCAAUGGGACCGGGCAAGGGGAUUAAAUGCAGAUUCUGCGUCAGUCUGGUGAAGAAGGUGCAGAAGAUUGUGGGUGACGACCCCGAUGAGGACGCCAUCAACGAUGCACUGAACAAGGUGUGCAGUACGGGGAGGCGCCAGAGGAGUAUCUGCAAGCAGCUGUUGAAGAAGCUCCGGCAGCAGCUCAGUGAUGCACUGCAAAACAACGAUGAUCCCCGCGAUGUGUGCACCACCCUGGGGCUGUGCAAGGGCUGAGCACGGCCAGAGCCCACAUCCUGCACCCCACAUCCUGUGCCAGAGCCCCACAUCCUGUGCGCAGACCCCACAUCCUGCGUGUGGACCCCAAAAUGCAGACCCACAGCCCCGUCCCAGCCUUCCUCCUGCACCCUGCUAUGCAAUAAAGCUGCUCACCUCUGCCAUCA